AUGGCCUCUUACCACACUCGAUCUUUCAGUUUCCCCUCAAACUCUCACCCAGUUGCUGAUCAGUUGGAUGCACAAUUGUGCAGAUUGAGAUCAUCUCAAGCUGCUUCAACUUCAUCCCUGACCACCAAACUUAACGGCCUAAAUGAUUUAUACAAGUGUGUUGAAGAGUUUCUUCAACUACCCCAAAAUCAGAAAACCGUAUCUCAAACUCAAGGCGAAAAUGUAGUUGAGCAAGUGUUGGAUGGAUCUCUUAGACUACUUGACAUCUGUUCAACAUCUCGAGAUGUCUUGGCACUUUCAAAGGAAAGGCUCCAAGACAUACAAUCAGUGCUUCGAAGAAGGUGUAGUGGUGAACUUGACAUUACCAAUGAAGUCGCUGAGUACCUAAAAACACGAAAAUCAUCCAAGAAGAUAAUCAAGAAGUGCUUGAAAGAUAUCAAUACAGUUGAAAAAACUAACGAGUCUAUUGCCAUCGAGAACAUGCUCAAAGAUGUUCAAGCAGUGUCAAUUGAUGUCUUCAAGUCCUUGUUGUCUUACAUAGGUGAAUCAAAGAAAAGUAGCUGGUCUUUCUCAAAGCUUGUUCGCCAAAGAGCCGAGAAGGAAGCAACAACUUCUAUUAGUGAAUUUGAUGUUGUUGAUGCUACUCUGGAGUUGAUCAACCAGAAAAAGAAAGUAAAUAUUGAAAUGUCACAAUUGGUCAAUUUGGAAUCUGAAGUUCAAGAAAUUGAUGAAGUAUUAGAAAGCUUAUUUAGGCAUCUGAUUAAGACAAGAUCAACUCUUCUCAAUGUCCUUAGUAACUAG